AUGGAAUGCCAUAGCAUUUUCUCUCCCUCUACUUCAAGGAGUGCUAAUAUACGCAAAAGAAGGCUAGGGCCUUACAGCAGAGUGACAGACGGUGAAGAAGUAGCUGGAAGCAUUAAUGGAGUUCCGACUGGGAUGCAAAUACCUGUCGUCGUAGACGCAAAUCGGCAAACAUCGAUGGCAUAUCACAGGGAGCAAGUGCCACAUGCUUACGUUUCAGAAGUGGCUAGGAGAUAUGCUGAGAAGAUUCGCAAAAUGAAAGAACGUACUCUGCAACCGGAUUGUGAGACUGAGUCUACAUCUCUACCCAUGAUAAAACAAAGAUUACGCCGUCUCAUUGGUGAAUGUGAUAUUGAACGGAUAACUUGCUGUGUUCCCAUGUGCGGUCGUGUAUUUAGCUCUGUACAGGUUCUUGCAUGGCAUAUGUCUUACUCUCAUCACGAUUUGGCACUCAAAUCUGCCUAUGACAAUCUCUGUUUUGUUUGUGGCGUUCGCAUGGACACAGCGAAGGGCAAAACUAUCCACUUGACGAGUAAACAUAAGGCCUUAAGCGUGUCUCAUAACGAGCAAUGCAUGUACCAGCGUUUGCCGGUCAUUUCUCCCUUAGCCCCUGCGGCAAUGCGACUCCUGCAGUUUGCUGAUGAGGGCGUUACGGAUGGAGAUGCAUACGAUGAGGUGGCUUACAACGGGUACGAUAGAGGCGGUUCUAAUGGACAGGUCAUUGCUGAUGAUGGAGUACAGCUUGCAAUGAACACAUAA